UGCUGCAAAUAUUCGAUGACGACGAGAAGAAAAAAAUUAACGACGAGAAAAAGGCAAAGAGCGAAGAAGGUGGAACAAAAAUAGCAAAAGUCCACAAUGGCGAGCACCGGUGUUGUGGUUCCGCGAAACUUUCGCUUGCUAGAAGAGUUGGAUCAAGGCCAAAAAGGUGUAGGCGAUGGUACAAUUUCCUGGGGUCUCGAAAACGACGAUGACAUGACACUAACACACUGGAUUGGCAUGAUAAUAGGCCCUCCCAGAACUCCUUAUGAAAAUAGAAUGUAUUCGCUGAAAAUUGAAUGCGGCGAUAGAUAUCCAGAUGAACCGCCUGCAAUACGGUUUUUAACAAGAAUUAAUAUAAACUGCAUUAAUCAGAGCAAUGGUGUGGUUGAUCAUAGAUUAGUGCCCAUGUUAUCCAGAUGGAAUCGGGAAUACACUAUAAAGUCAAUGCUCCAAGAAAUUCGAAGAAUCAUGACUUGCAAAGAAAAUCUUAAAUUGGCGCAACCACCAGAAGGCAGUGUUUUUUAGUUGAUCACCUCAAUUGUCUUUAAUGACAAUUCAGCAACAGUUGCCGCUACUGCCGUCGCCACUGCUGCUGCUAUUGCCCUGCAGUUGCUGUCAUCAAUGUUGCCGAAAAACGAAGUCAUAAAUCUUCAACGUAAACGUCGUCGCCGUUGUAUAAGUCGCCACCACUUGAACGUCUUCUCGUAUGAGAACGUGUUAUUAUUAUUAUCAUUCUCUUAAAUUUAAUUAAUCAAGUUGAACCGUAAAAAGGAAACAUCAAAGAAAUAAAGUAACGAAAAUAGUAAUAAUAAUAAUAAGUGGAUGAAGUUGAAACAAAUAAUAAGUAACAAGAAGAAGGGAAUCUAAGAUAAAAAUAACCACACAUAAGCAAGUGAAACUUCAGGUGUACUCUUGAAUAGCUUAGAAGGCUAAAGAAAGAACUACAGUAGUGACGGAACAGUAACUUACGAAUUCAUUAACACCAUUUACACUAGAAACAUACACACACGCCUAAAAUAAACACACGGCCGAAAGAAAACUUGCAUAACAUAAUUAAGAUUAUAAGCGCAUUAAAUAUUUAUUAAUUAAUGAAAUAUUAACUUGAACAAUAGAUGCAGAGGAAAAGCGUAAUAUAUUCUAUGUGCUGCUAAGUAAUUAUGCAAAGUUAAAGUAAAGAAAUAAAGUAGCAACAGAUGUUAACAUUCAGCCGCUUGUAAGCGUGCAUUUAUAUGAAGCUUCUAACAUUGAAAUCGAAAGAUUUAAGCACCAAACAGCGAAAACAAAAUACAUCUAUGGAGCGACACGAACAGCAGGCAAUUUCUCGAUGAGGCGGCUAAGCUGCUGCAUUUAAAAUUGUUUAUAUUUUUAGUUUUUUUUUUUCAAUUCAACUUGCGAGUUUUUUCUAUUAAAAAGACCAUUUUGUUGCUCAUUAGAAAUAUUGAUGUUCCAAAAUUUAUAAUUUUUCUCAAGUUGGAUCAAUUGUGUUUUUCGUUGUUGUUUUCUUUCAAAUCCUUUAACAUUUGGUUUGUGGCAACAAACAUAAA